GUGGAUUGCUACAUUAGUACAGCAACUAUGGAAGUAACGAACAGUUAGGUACUUAGCUAACAUACCUUCUAACGCAACAAUAACGGCGUACAAAAGUCGUAUAGCAAUAUUCUUCGUUUAAAUCCUUACAUAUAUUUCAUCAUUAAUUUAUUCAAAUCUAACUGUUCAAACUUACCAUCAUUAUAUAGUGUUAAAGAUUCACAACUGUAUAAACUCUCUGUUUCAACAUCACCAUUUAUUGUUCUCCUCCCUCUUCUCUUUUUCUCCGUCACACGUUCCUUUCGAUCUCACUGUUAAUUAUGUCGGUCACCGUUAGCUUGCCGGCCGGCCGAUAUUUCCAUAUUUCACGAUCACAUACUAAAAUGGUAACUAAGCCACGUGUCAUAAUGGCUGCCGUCCGAUCUAGUGCACCAAUAUUGACUAAGUUGCAGAAAGACUGUGCUACUCCACUUCCUGUUUUGUGCCACGUGGCUGAUGCCAUGGCCGUUGAUAUGCGGGCCGGACUUGCCGUCGAUGGUGGCAGUGAUCUGAAGAUGAUCCUUAGUUAUGUUGACACUUUACCAACUGGGAAUGAGAAAGGUUUGUUCUAUGCAUUGGACCUUGGUGGUACAAAUUUCCGAGUGUUAAGGGUGCAGUUAGGUGGUAAAGAAGAGCGCGUAAUCGCCACUGAGUUUGAGCAAGUCUCUAUACCUCAAGAAUUGAUGUUUGCCACCUCUGAGGAGCUGUUUGAUUUUAUAGCUUCUGAACUAGGAAAAUUUUCACAAAGUGAAGGCGGUAAGUUCGAGAUGCAACAAGGACGGACUAGGGAAAUAGGAUUCACAUUUUCUUUCCCAGUGAAGCAGACUUCAGUUAAUUCUGGCAUCCUAAUCAAGUGGACAAAGGGUUUUGCAGUCUCUGGAACUGCAGGAAAAGAUGUCGUUGCUUGUUUAAAUGAAGCCAUGGAAAGGAAGGGAUUGGGUAUGCAAGUCUCUGCCCUGGUCAAUGACACUGUAGCAACACUUGCCGGAGCGAGAUACUGGGACAAUGAUGUCAUGGUUGCCGUCAUUCUUGGGACUGGAACCAAUGCUUGCUACGUAGAACGUGUGGAUACUAUUCCUAAGCUGCCAAAAAGGAUGUCCAACUCUCCAGUAACAAUUGUGAAUACUGAAUGGGGAGCAUUUUCAAAUGGCCUUCCUUUAACUGAGUUUGACAGAGAAAUGGAUGCCGAGAGCAUUAACCCUGGUGAGCAGAUUUUUGAGAAGACAAUCUCGGGAAUGUACCUUGGAGAAAUUGUAAGACGGGUGCUGGUCAAAAUGGCCAGGGUUGGCGGCUUAUUUGGUGGCGGCUAUGUUCCAGAAAAGUUAGUCACUCCAUUUGUGCUGAGGACACCAGAUAUAUGUGCGAUGCAGCAGGAUACAUCCAGAGAUCUUGAAGCUGUUGAGUCUGUCCUCUAUGAUAUAGCUGGGGUAAAAUCUGAUCUAAAUGCAAGAAAAACAGUCGUGGACAUUUGCGAUACUAUUGCAAAACGAGGGGGGCGUCUAGCUGGUGCUGGAAUUGUUGGGAUUCUCCAGAAAAUGGAGGAGGAUUCAAAAGGCGUAAUCUUCGGUAAGAGAACAGUCGUAGCAAUGGAUGGAGGUUUAUAUGAGCACUAUCCUCAGUACAGAGAAUACCUCCAAGAAGCUGUCACAGAACUUCUUGGAUCAGAAAUUUCUAAAAAUGUAGUGAUAGAACAUUCAAAGGAUGGAUCUGGAAUUGGAGCUGCAUUAUUAGCUGCUGCUAACUCAAAGUAUGAACAUGAUUAUUAGGAAAAUGGUAAAUUUCAUGUCUAGAAAAUGCUGGUAAAGAGCAUUUGUAAUUUUUUUUUUGCAAUUUAGAAUGUACUAAGAAGGAAGGGGAGCCUUGGUGUAACUGGUAAAGUUGCCGUCAUAUGACCAGGUGGUCACGGGCUCGAGCCGUGGAAACGGCCUCUUGCAGAAAUGCAGGGUAAGACUGCAUACGAUACACCCUUGUGGUCCAGUCCUUCCCCGGACCCCGAGCAUAGCGAGAGCUUCGUGCACCGGGUUUCCCUUUUUAAUGUACUAAGAAGGAUUGAUCAUUGGAUUUCUCAUUCUUUAAGAAAAGGCUUGUUGUAUUUUAUGUCAUUCUUGUAUUCUCAUAAUGCAGCAGUGAAGUAUUUAUGUUAUAAAAGCAUAUUUAUCAGUAUUUAUAGAA